GAAUGCCAUGGCACGGGAACACAGGCAGGUGACUGGCAAGAGCUUCAAGCCAUCUCUCAGACCAUUGCAUCGGCCCGCACUGUUGACAACCCCGUUCUAGUGGGCUCUGUCAAGACAAAUAUUGGUCAUCUUGAAGGUGCAGCUGGAAUUGCCGGUUUGAUCAAGGGAGUCCUAGCUUUGGAACGGGGCCGUGUACCUCCAAACAUCAACUUCAUCAAAGGGAACCCCAAGAUUGAUUUUGAGAACUGGAAGGUCAAGGUCCCGACUGAAGUAAUGGACUGGCCCAUCCCUGGCAUUCGUCGUGUCAGCGUCAACUCUUUCGGUUUUGGUGGUACAAAUGCCCAUGUCGUUGUAGACGAGGCGCCAGGCUAUCUUGCGGCAAAGGGAUUGGACGCAAAUCAUUCUUCUACCGACAUCGUACCAUCGCGAAUCAAUGCAACCUUGGCCGAGGAGAUACCCGAAGCCCGGUUGUUCUGUUACUCGGCAAGCGACAACGAUGGUGUCUCUCGCGUCAUGAAGUCUCACGCCCCUUUUCUCGAAUCAAUUCAGAACGAUACUGGAGACUCCUUGCGCAACUACUCAUAUACCCUUGGCUGCCGUCGAUCCAACCUCGAAUGGAAAGGAUUCAUUGUGGCUGAAUCUGCAAAGGACCUCCUGGGAAAAAUUCAAACUUUCAACACAGGCUCCCUUGCACGCUCGUCACUUAAGAAGCAAACCAGGCUAGCCUUCAUCUUCUGUGGGCAGGGCGCCCAAUGG